UCACAUAAGAUUACCAUCUCUUGGACAAUUGUCAUGGUUGGCAAUGACUUUAGGUUGAAGAGCAAUUUCCCAAGAAUCAAUAAGACCUCCAGCAGCUUCAAACUGAGCAGGCAAGCUGGAGGAAAUGGAGAAGCAGCAAGAGGGGACAACAUAUCAUCAUGCCAAACCCGACCUGGGAAUGAUGGUGAUCACCAAAAGGAGCCAGAAGUGGGCAAACCUGAUGGACAAGAACCACUGCCAUCAUUUGGAAGGCACCUGCACCUCUACCUGGAUAUCUAUGCCGCUGUUCUGCAAACGUUGAAAGCACUGGAAGUGAACAACGUUGUUCAUUAUGACCUCAAGUGUGAUAACAUUUUGCUUGAGCCAACUGAUCCAAGCAUUUCGGAAGCAGAUUUCUGGGAUCCUCCCUGUAAUGUUCAAUCUCGCUCCACCAUGGAGGCAAUGCCGCCUGAUUGCAAAGGUGAAAUGGGAAAAGCAGGAAGAGAAGUCACUCGAAAUGCUGGCCACUUGUCAUGUGUGCUUCCAUUCAGAGUUUGUAUUGCCGAUUUUGGGCAGAGCAAGAUUGGGAGAAAGAGUGACUGGGAUGGGGAGUAUGAGGGUGUCAUCACUGCUGGAAACCGGGGAACCGAAUGUGUCAAGAGCCCAGAAAUGCUGCUUAUAUCAAAUGCAAGCUUCAAAAGCCGUAGCACCUAUGACAGACGCAAGAAGUUCAGCCCCAUGACCGCACGUGAGCGGGAGCUCAGAGAGAUCCAACAGGUCGAGAGGCUCCGCCAGCAGUUAGAGGAGGAUCUGAAGAAAGCAACCGAUAGAGAAAAGGAGAUAAAAAGUAGAGCGGCCAGACUUGACACGUUAGAGGCUGACAAGGCUGCGUUAGAGGGAUUGGACGAAUCGAGUUUGUCUGACACCCUGAAAGUGUUGAGGGACAACAUGUUGUCACUGCAUGCGCACAUAGACAGCAGGAUGGACUUCAUGCAAAGCACUUUGGACCAGAUUCUGGAUGCAUUGACAAAGCCAGGAUUCCGGCCACCAGCACAAUCGCCGUUGUCGUUAACGGCGAUGUCAGGUCCCUUUGCCGUACAAGUUGGCACACAACCAAGUGGUACGUUCGCAACAGCCGCACAGACUGUUGCAUCUUCUUCUUCGAGUCCAGUGGUGAUUGUUGCAUCACCACAACAACCUGUUCAGCAAUCUGGACAGCCGCAAGGCCACUGGUAUCCAAAGACCCUAAUGAAACCGCCUCUUGCCUUCUCAGGCGAGAGAAAGGACGAGGAACUCAACACAUGGUUGAGGACGGUCCCGGUUUGGGUGAAGGCCAAAAGGACCUUGCCUGAGGACGAAGUGGUAACUGCGGCGUCUUACCUUGAGGGUAAGGCAGCCAAGUGGUUAGAUGGUGUAGUUGUGAAGGCCAGGUACGGGAGACGCAUGGCGGAUUGGGCUAAGUCAUUGACUUUAGACCAAUUCAUGGAGAUGGUAGAAGCUCGAUGGCAUAACCCACAGGAGGCUCAAAGGGCCACUGAUGCCAUUAACAAACUUGACCAACGCAAGUUCAGGUCAGUUAGGGAGCUUAUGACUACCGUCGAGAGCCUGAUCCUCGUCCCAGGCAUCAACUACAGUGACCAGUUCCUUUUAACCACGUUUGUUAGGUGUUUACCUGAGAACGUGAGGAACUUACUAGCCAACGAGGCACGCACUGAGUACCACUCAUUUGAGACAUUGUCUAGGAAAGCUUUAGACUUAGAGGCCACGCUAGGCAAUGCUCAACCCACCUCAGGAAAUGACUCAAAGAAAAAGAAGAGUCCUCAGGAGUGGAAGAAGAAGGGGGCGAAGUUGAUGAUGGUUGAGUCUGAUGGGACUCAAACUGAAAUCGAUGAGCUCGCUGACCUGAUGGACUACUCAGAGUAUGACGGUGAGGAGGAGUUGAUCACCAAGGAGAAGGCUUCCAAGGUCGGCAACCUGAGGCCAAUCAUUGAUUUCCUAGAAUGGGUGUUGGUGAGGGACCCAAAGAGGAGACCGUUGAUGGCCGACCUUUCAGUCCGUCUCAAUCAUCUGAAGAGGACCCUUUUCUAUGACUGCAUUGGUCCAAUCGAGAGACCACCUUCCCCGCUUCGUCCUGAUCCUGAGGACAAAUCCAAGGCAAUGGUACUUUCCCACAGCCCAAGCAAGAGACCCACAGACGAAGAAUUGACCAAAUGCGCCUUGCAGCAUCAGAUAUCAGACAGGGACCAUUCUUCCACUCCUGUGACAGCUCCAUCAAUGGGUAGUACUCCAGAGGGGCGAGUGGGAGCUUCAAGGAACGAAGAAGAGACAGGCAUUGAUCGGUCAUCCGCACUGGAGGGCCCGUCACGAUCACCGUUUCAGCCAUGGUCGGCUGGUGACACUGUGGAGAGUAGCUCCCCUAUAAGAUCCACAAUGGGAAGACCGGUCAACAGGCCCAGUCAGAGUGGAGGAGUAGCUGAUGCCACCCGUAUUUCAACUUCGGCCACCACCAUUACACGUACGGAGCUCAGGAAGCCCAGAGACGAGGACUGUUCUUCUCCGGCAGAUACGUUCCAAGCCAGCCACAGCGCUGUUAAUGAUGGCUCUGAAACGUCGUUCCACCUUCUAAAACCUCGGACGUGGCGAUGGUUGCCCUUAAGUCAAAGAAACUCCUCGGGGUUUCAUCAACAGUGUGAAAGAAACGUGAAUCUCGGAUGUGAAUGCGAUGGCCUAGGUGGUCAGGAAGGUUGCUCCAGUGUCAGUGAUCCCCAUCUCAACUGUCGGGAUCCUGGUAGUCGAACGAAGGAAUCCGAUGUCUGCCUAUCACCUUUCAAACAUCAUCUAGGAGCGGUCACGAUCAGUGAGUCCAAACUUGAAAGUCGAAGUAUCAUUGAUGGAAAACCAGCAGUCGUCCGACCAAAGGAGUCAGCUUUGCCCUUGAUGCGGAGGGGGGCCGGUGCCCAAAGAACCGAGGAGGUCACCAUGAUGAACGAUUCGGCAGCCCACCCUUCCAGAACUCUCCUCCAGUCCUUGAGCAGUUCGGUAACACCCCCCCAAACUGGUGCCCUUGGAAUUCUGAAGAUAAGGUGGCGGAGACGCCUGCCUGGGACGCAAUCCACUAAAGGUAAACUAACGAGGAGUUCGGGAAGACGGUGGUCGAUGCCAGCUACUACGACCGGUAGUAGCAGAAGAGAUGUCAAAUUGUUUUCUUGGCUUCCUAGCAAGCUACCUGCGAUGUUGUCAUCGAUCUUGGGAGGCAGCCGUGCUUCCAGGAGAUUGGCAAUGGCAGCAGGGACGGGUAUUGGUGGCAUCCCAGGCCACAAGCGAAUUCUACCUGAUCCACAAGGCAAAGAUCGAAUUGGACUCUCAGGUAGGGUCAAAGGAGGGGACCUCCCUUUUGAAAGCGGUCGUACCACUGGGAGCCACAUUGUCGCUACGGUGACUGAGUCAGCGCCGGGGCACACAGGGUCGGAAUCCAGUCCUAAGACGGCUGUUUCGCAUGCUCCUCCUUCUCCACCCCAUCAGACUAGUGAAGAAAGAGCACCCGAGUUGGAAAGCUUGGGUGCGAUCCAGCCAGAUCGCCCUCUAGGAGAGCCCAGUGCAUUCAGACGCAAACACGGGCUAGAUGGGGAACCCAGCACAAGCCAGCAUCUGGAAUGUGCAAUCAAUGGCAAUAACAUCGGCGAAAACACGACUGCCGCAGCCAACGACCGUCUUCAAGCUGAUGGUCGACGAACAAAGCAGCCUCCUCCUAACCGCACCGCCAGCAACACCACAGUGACUGGCAAUUAUACCAGAAGUCGGAAAGUUCGAUCCCAAAGCGAGCCUUCUAUCACGAUCUCGAGGAGGAUUAUGCGGCGGCAAACAUCGGCCGAGUCCGCCGACCAGGUGGAUGACAAAUUGGCCAUGCUUUCUCUCCUAUCUAGGCCCGUUCUCUUGUCCCACCUGAUGAGCCGUUUCCCAACAAGAAUCACCGAUGAGCUGUGGGUUGGAUCAUAUGCAACUUUAUCAGAUCCCGACACACUACUGGAGCUGGGCAUCACUCACAUUCUUGUGUGUCAUCCCCCUCCGACGAUCGAAUCCACCCGAUUUCCUUUCCCUUACCCUUCCUCCUCCUCCGCUUCUUCUUCUUCUUCUUCUUCUUCUUCUUCUUCUUCUUCUUCUUCUUCUUCUAAGACAACGCCAGCUGUGGAAUCUGAUCCUUUUGAUCGCCCUCUAUUCGUUUCACCCCCUGGGACAUCGGGGGAACAAGUUUUUUCCUCCUCGCAGUCCCGUGCUAGUGCCGCAGACGGCCAUGGAAUUCGAUGCAGCAGCAAUCACAGCAGAUGUUCAUCCCGUGUGUUGCAGGGACAGUCUGGACCUGAAGCUUGGUACGAAAGCCCGCAGAUCUUGACGUACCAGCGGCAACCCCAGCCCGCAUUCACUCCCUUGCCUGCUGUUCCUUGGCUGCCGGUCAAGAACUCCUUGAGCUGGCACUCAUCCAGAAUCGCUGACGAUCCUUUGAGGCUGCCUUCUUUUCGAUGUCCCUGGCUUAGCAACUCACAGAGGCAAGAUCACCGUCGUUAUUCUACGCCCGGUCUGCCAGUCAGUCGUGGAGGAGAGAUGUCCAUCCCCAUCCUCGUCCGAGCAGCAUCCUCCCCCAGACCAAGUCCCAGCUGCGGCGCUCAUAGUACCACGGAGAAGGGUCUAGCAAACAUUCCUCAUCCUAAUAAUCUUCCAAGCGCAGCCGUCAACUUCUACUGGUGCUGGAUCGGCUGCGAUCUGGACGCUCCUCCGCCUACGCCCGCGUUCCCGGAUCUUCUUACAUGCCCUUCGAGGAGCGAACACCGCUGGCCUUGUCACACCAAGACAUCUCCUCAGCCUCAGGACUCAGUGACAAGAACGAACAGUCGGGCCGUCCAGACGCGGAAACCAGGACAUACCUCUUGGGCGGGCCCCGACGUGAAGCAGAGACAGGAGCUGGUAGACCAUCGUUGUCAGUCCCAAGGCUGCAGCUGCUGCAACGCUUCUUGGCGUGGUGAUUUUCCAUCCAAUCCCGACCGCUAUAGCCCAGGUGGGACAGCAGCAGCUACGGUUCCUUCCACCAUCUCCUCCUCCGGUUACAACAACAACACGAACACGUUCAAGCUAUCCUCUUCCUGCCCUGCGUUGUCAGCAAAGCAGGCCAGUGUAUCAAGUUCCUCUCCUCCUAGAAGCUCAUCAUGCCCACCUCCACCACCUCCAUAUCUGAUCCAAGCGUUGAGAGCUCUCUACUGCGCCGCUCAUCUCGGCGGUACCGUUCUGCUCGUCUUCCCAUCGUCACCAACUCUGGGAUCCUGUGCAAUUGCCGUUGUCCUCUCCCACCUCUUGGUUGUAUCCCCACAAGGACGUGAACUUCAAGGGGUGUAUGGGGCGUACACCUACUUGCGGAAUCAGUUCCCGCCUGCCUCCCUGUUUUCUCCUCAACCCUCGUCUACGUUCCGCUGGAUCUUGGGCGUCGCUAAGACACACGGAGCCGUACGACGCCCUGUUUUUCAUCAAGAUCAUCAGCGGCAACCAGGUACAGGACGGCCUGAAAGAGCCACCUCUGCUGCUACAGUCCAUCCUGGGGCGAUGUCGGGUACUCCGGCUAUGUUGGCGACUACCACGGCUAUGGAUAGCCCCGACGAGCUCAGGAAACAAGUUGUCGGGUCGGCAGGGCUGCACACACAGCCACCGCACGAUGCAGAUUCAUCAUCUAAGUACCUGCAAGGUUCUCACAGUCGAAGUCAGACGAAUCAAACGUGUUUCGAUGCUGACAACUGCACAUGGGUGCAGUGCAAAUGCAGACUUUGGCGCGCAGUCGUGAUUGGGAUUGGAACUGCACCUGCAGUUCGGACUACUACAAGUCGAGUUGAAGUCGGAUCUGGAGAGCCCUCCAGCAGCCGAUCGUCAGGCAAACCUCACGGCGCUCAGACUGUCAGGAAGGACGUUAGGAUCAGCAGCCGCAUGCGGCGAGAGCGGUGCAUGCACCUAAGUGACUCGGAGGCCAACCUGAGAAGGGGAGGGGACGGCAGUUCCCUCGUCAAUCAAUCUAGUGCCAAGGUUUCUUCCUCGUCAACUUCCGAGCCCCACAAGCUCCUUGUCCAGAGCGACGACCGGAAUGGUAAGCUAGAUAGCAUCACUUCAGGCAGCUCUGCUGCUGAGGAUCCUUCGACAAGAUGUUCCACCAUAGAAGAUGAUGAGGAUGAGGAUGAUGAAGGAGAUGGUGAUGAUGGCGACGAUGUUGACGAUGAUGAAGCUGGUGCUGCCGCUGCUACUGAUGAUGUUGAUGACGACGAUUAUUACUAUCAUUUUGAUGAUGAUGAUGAUCAGGAGGAGGAGGAGGAGGAGGAAGAGGAAGAGGAAGAGGAGGAAGAGGAGGAAGAGGAGGAAGAUGGGGAAGAUGAGGAAUAUUCUGCUGAAGAUCGACGUUCGAGAGGAACUCCAUCGGGGACGACGACGAGAGGUCACUACCGUGCAGACGACAACUCUGCGGCUGCGCUGCCGGCGCAACUUGACCGCAAGGUGAGUCUUAUGAAACAGCUCACUGUUUCUGAACGCCAAGGUAUUGAAUGCUUCGUGCCUUCUGCAUGCGGGUGUUGGCCAGCUCUCUCCUCGUCAGGCAUAUGUCAUGAGGAGGACCGACAAAAGGACGAUGAUCCUCGCAAGGCUGGACCUGGUAGGAAUAGAUGGAAGAAGACCAAAAGGAAAAUGCCCUUGCCCUGUACUCAGGGCGUCUGUUCCUUACAGGUUCGUCUCGAAGGUCACGAGGAGGCAAUCUAUAGUAAUAAUUGUCGGGGGGUGAUCAGCCGACAAAGCCGAUGCUCGUCAUCACGAUCAUCCGCCAGCUCCUCUCAGUGGCUGGUCGUCAAAGGCGAGAACUUAGUCAUUGAUCCCGUGAGUCCUCUUUGCGUACCUUUCACGAUGACUCGUCCGAGCGCUCGCCAUCAUCUUCCAUCACUAAGUGCAGAGGCAAGCAAACCGGGCAAAGGAGAUUUAGGAGUCGAAGCUGACGACCAAGUACAGGAGGAGGAUCGACCAAAGCAUAGUAGUGGUCCACCCGGCGGCCGUUCAUCUGACCAGAGAACAGCAAUGCAAUCGUCUGUCUUCUCUGAAGCCAGCAGCUGUCGUUCCUUGGAAUCGCCGAGGCCACUCACGAGUUGCAGGAAGCUUGGAGAGAGGCAAUCGGAUCCAGAAGAGGAGGAGAACAAAGAAGUGACAUUAAGGACGAGGAGGAGGAGAAUAAGAGGAGAGAGUUCCUCGCGCCAGGAGCAAAAGCAGAGAAAAAAGAGGGAGAGAGAAAGGGAGGAGGAGGAUGAGGUGGUGGAUUGGGAACGCAGGCAGCGUAGCGUCGUGAGUGGGUCAGGCUCUUUGUGGCACGUGUUUUCUUGCCCGGCCUGUCAUGCCAUUACGUAUGCUGUCUUGAGAGAAAAGACUGUGGGUUCCGCUCCCGCCCAUCCCACCACCUCCCCUUCCGUCCUAGCUCAAGAGAACCAGAAGGAAUCUGAAGAAGUUGCUCCUCAGCAGCGAGGGGGCUUCGCAGCCUGGAAGGUGCCCUGUUCCUCCCCUUCCUCAUCGGCAGCAGUAGCAGAAUCAUCAGCAUCAUCAUCGUCCUCCUCGUCAUCGUCAUCAUCUUCAUGCUUGUCUAGGAAGGAACCACUUCCGAGAGAGAAAACCCAAAAGGACAUGCCAUGUUCACUGACGCGCGAGACCUUGUGCGAGAUGGCGGAGUUCAAUCGUCUGUUCAUUCUGCCAUCGAACGGCUUAGACGGCAACGAUAAGAUCGCUCUGUCCAUCCACUCACUUUUCACCACGCAACGAUGCGAAGUGCAAUGAUCCCUACCCCGUCUGUCACCGUCCCUCCUCACAACGCAUCUCGUACUCUCCGGACUUAUGCAUUCUUUCAUAAACAAGCCAAGAGCUAUCAGGUC